CAGGGAUUCAAAGACGAGACAGGAGCUCCCAGGCAGAGCCUAGAGAGGAGGAGCGAUGGGCUGCGGACCUUCCCAGCAAGCAGAGGACCAGAGCCAGAGCCAUGUGCCCUCCCCCAGGAAGGGCUGGGAAGAGGGAUCUAAGGCUGAUGUCAGAGUGACUUCUUCCAAAGAGAAUUGCAGCCCCCAAACUGAAGCUGCACGGUCCAAGGACACUGUAGACAAUGCUGAAAGUCUGUACCAACAAGCCCAGAUAGGAAGCUUGCCUGGGACUAUUCCAGAAAGUUCUCCACCUCCAAGUAAAAUAAAUGGGAGCAUAAAUUUAGAUGACACAGUGGCCAAUGGAAUAAUCAAUAAACCCCAACUCCUGGAAAGUCGGGAGCGACCAAAGUCAUCAGACAUCCUGGAAGAGUUAAUUGUCCAAGGAAUCAUACAGAGCCGAAGCAAAGUAUUUAGAAAUGGAGAGUCAUAUGAUGUCAUGGUGGACACUACUGAAAAGCCACUGAGAAAGCCACCGGCCAGACUGAAAAAGCUUAAGGUGAAAAAGGAGGUAAAAGAUUUCACAAUCCAAGACAUAGAAGAAAAGAUGCAGGCGGCCGAAGAACGCCGAAAGACAAAAAAUGAAGAAGUAAGAAAACGGCUCCGGAGUGACCGACUUCUGCCCACCGCUAAUUCUUCAGAUGCAGCUGAACCAGGAAGGGUGGAGGCUCUGUUUGCAAAAGGUCUCCCAGCUGUGAGCACCCCUGCUUUGCAGAGGUCCUACGUGCAGGAAGGAGAGCCACUAAAAAGGAAGAAGAGUGAAAGUGAUGUGGCCCCGAUGAUUAGGAACGACACCUGCGCAGCUUUGGGGAUUGUGGAGUCAGACAUGUAUUACAACCAAGAGGAUGACAUAUUCUAAUACUCCGUUUUCAAAAGGAAUCUCACAAAGUGGUCCAUUCUCUCGUGGCCUUUAAAAAGUGACUGGGCUCUACA